GCUAACUUAUUUUUCAUUUUCUGUAAUCUCUGUUGAAGCAUUUAUUGGCCCUGGUGAACUUCGGUAUAGACUGUCAUUUAAUAUUGAUACACCAGAAAAACCAGAGAUUGGCAGGGACUAUU